AUGCGGUUGAAUGCGCAAAUAUACAGAGGACAGGUUCAUAAUGUGCAGAGAGUCCGAUUCCAAAAGCCAGGGUUCCGGCCGAGGAGCAUCGCCAUCACCGUCCUGACUAUAUAUGUAGGCUGGUCGGUAUAUGCGAGGCUAGUUCUCGAUCCCCUAGGAAAAGCGAUUAUGGACACUGCCCAGCAUUUGCCCGAGGAUGAAGAAGAAGCGCCGCCAAUCUUUAUCCCAUUUCCCGGGACUACAAAACAGCUCAAGCCCCGGCCAUACCGCGGGAGUGAUCCUGAAUGGCAGGAAUUUCUCAAAUUCAGCAGAGAUCCAGGGCUCUCAAAGCGUGUACGAGAGGAGCUUGCACAGUUCGUACGGCAGCUUGCAGAGAAACAUCCAAUACUGCAGUUAAGGGGUGGAAAGGGAAUGAAGCUGAGAAGAUAUUGGCUUGAUGUCGAUUUUCCCACACAUCCACCUCCGGAGUUCGAAAGAUCAGGCAUCGAGAUAACCGAUGACUACAUCGCGUGGACGACCAUGCCUGUUGACUCCUCAAUAGUAUUCAAGAUACGCCAAGCGCUUUGGCCCUCGGCUCUGGCGAAGGCCUUUUGGAGCUUUACCAAAGUGAUGAUCUCAGAUGAUGCCAGGAGAGUUGCAAGAAUGCUUGGGCUACAAGCAGAUGAUACUCCGCCAACCAUCGAACAGUUACUCGCCAGACAUCAGCAAAUGAUUAGAGGUUCUCAGACCAAUGACGGGUCACCGAAACCCAAGCAGCCACAACUACUUGGUGAUGCGCAAACCCAAAAAGCGAUAGUCACCGUAGCUGACAACCAGGGCCUUGUUGGAAAGCCUCCCUUGCAAGAGGACCUGGAUGCUAAUCCUGGAAAAAAUGGUAUCUCUGCCGUAUAUGCACAUUUCUUUCGAGGGAUCAUGGCAUUCAAGAUGAAGCUGCAACAAAGCUGGCGACCAGCACCUGAUUACCCUCCACGAGGGAGCAUAAUAGUCCAGGGUCUAGUUGAAUUAGAUUCGCCCAAAGCGUGGCUUGUCUUUGAUGUGAAGGCAGCGUGGGAUCCAAAAACAAAGAGUUACGAUUCUAAAAGUAUGCGAAUUCAUCUGAAGAGAAUGCAGAUGAAGCGGCAGGGACCUCUUGGUGGUGCGUAA